GACUUCUGAAAAAAAUUGGUGGUGGACUAAAUAUAUCACGACCAAGCACAAAAGGCAAAGUCUUCCAAUUCCCAUUGCCCACUUCCUUCACAUAAUAUACUCUGCUCCUUUCUCUACACAGGGAAAGAAGAAAACACCCAAGGUCUUAGAUGGAGGGUCUCAUCCCUGUGGUUUACAAGGCAAUCAAGAGAAGCAAGACUCGCCGGCAAUAUGAAUGUCUCUCCUCUGGCGCUGCUCAAAGCUACAAUAUUCCAGAUUUCUAUGUCAGCAGCCAGAAUUAUGUAAAUACAGAAUCCCCAUCUGAGAAGAUUGCAGGCUUCCAUGCAGAGAGGAAUGAUCAUCGGCGGCAUAAGUCAGUUGGAGAUUAUUCCAACCAGUUCUUCUCAGUGGAGGAUAGGGUAAAGGGUGCUGGUAGUCCUCCUCUUCCCCCCAAGAAACUUGUGAGGUUUAGGAGCCACAGAAUGUUCUCUUGUGUAACUGGUGCCUAGAAGCUAGAGGGCACCAUUCGAUGAUGACCAAAAUGUUGUAUACCCUGUAAACUUUUUAUUGUUUUGCUUUAAUUGGGAAGGAAAGGAAAUGUUGUUUUGUUC